AUGGAGCAAAUCAACUCCCAAAUAUCCAAAGCCAUCGACGAGCUCCACACCAUCCGUAUCGUCGCCGAUAUUCCCACCGAGCGCCUUAGCCCCGACAACUACCUCGCCUCCGCCACCCACAUCCUCCAGCCAUGGCUGAACCAGUGGCAGGCGAGGGCAAUGACGCGGUUCCUGGCCGUCAGUCUCUUCCCCCGCCACUCAUUCGCCGUCAUCGACAUCAACAACCACCGCUAUGACUUCGAGCAAGCCCACAGACAACUCUUCCCCGUCCCUGUGCAUAUCCUGCGUUUAUCGCGAAAGACCAAUAGCGGCAACGACAAGUGGUCGUUUUUCAGACGUGCCCCCGAGGACCAUCGGGCCGCGAGAGAGAUCGCCAUCGCGCAUUGGCACGAGGGGCAGAAUCCCACCCCGCUUCUCCUGGAUCAUAUCAACCGCCGUGUGUAUUUGGAGUCGCACUCGCGCACGGAUGUAGAAGAGGUCCGCGAGUUGUAUGGGUUUAAGGAUGUUGGAACGCGUAUGACGGGGUCCGCCUCUCCUCCUGCGUCAGUGCCAGAGCCAAUGUCUCAGUGA